AUGAUAUUGUUAAUUAUUUUCAACUCACUCCUGAUUUGUAACAUUAAUUGUGUGCGCAAUAUUUACGAGAAGACACAUUAUUGGAAUUUGUUUGGGUAUGAUAUUGACGGUAUAAAAUAUACCAGUGAUUCAGAUUACGAACAACAGGUCGGAGCGAUUCACUUCGAAAAUGAAGCUUUAAAAGACCAUGAAAAAUUUCUCAUCCAGAAAAACUUAGUCCCAUACGGUACAGUCUAUUUGUUUUUCGACCAAAUCGUGACUAUACCAAGGACUAGACCAGGUAUACCUUUCACUGUAAACAUUAUGAAAACACUGAAUUUCAGAAAAAAUAAUAACAGCCCUCUCCUCCGUCCUUUUCCGAAUACUCAGGAAGCGAAGAAUAUAGUUUCAGUAUAUGACAUCGUCAUAGAUGGAUGCCGGAGACUCUGGAUGGUCGAUACAGGGUUCAUUGAUGUUCCUGGUGACAGAAGACAGGUUCAAGCACCAACAGUAACCAUAUUAAGCGUUAAUAAGUACGUGGUUUACAAAAAAAUACGCAUAGAUCCAGAAGUACUUCGUAAUGGAGUAACGUCAGGUCUUAGAACCAUCGCCAUAGACUACAUCUUACCUUGUUCGGAGACCUUUAUGUACAUAAAUGAUGACAGCAGUAAUGCUGUAAUCGUGUUUUCGCUGAGGAAGUUGAGCUUUCAGAGAAUCGUCAGAUCGAAUGCUAAGGACGAAGCGUGGAGCUUUCCUGUACCAAAAUCAAUUGUAAAUUACAUGACGAACGUGGUCAGAUACCGACAGCCCCCGAAUGAGACCUUUGUCCAGUAUUCAGAUUUAUUGAAAACAACAAUUGCCGAUCGGGAGAAGCUACGCUCUGAUGCGGAACUAAGCGAGCCCGAUGCCAAUCCCCGAGGGGUGUUGUAUGAAAGAAAUGUAGACAGUAAUGUUUUAUUUUUCACAAACGAAGAACGCACACUUCUGUUUUGUUGGAACGCGGACACACCGAUGGUUGAAGAGAAUGUAGAAUUGCUCACCGACAUAUCGCCGGACAACGAUUUUUAUAUAUCCGCAAUGGACACUAGCGGAUAUCGCUUCCAAUUUAUCGUCAAUAGAAUACGGGAUAUCAAUAACAAUAUUUAUAAUGAACAAUAUAUAAAUUUCGUCAAUUAUCAGAUCCUUGUUGACGACAUGCUGGAAAAUACAACGUGCUCCGCAAGAACUCAGUGUUCGAAUUUCCUUGAUGAGUGGAGAGGGGAAAGUUCGAGGUAUAUCAUUAGUCACAUAAAAUAUUUCGCGAAAUACAUAACGGAUGAGUAUAAAUCGGACUGGAACAGAGAUACUGAGGCUGCUAAGGCUAUUUGGGCCCAAUUUUAAUAUAAUUUAUCAAUGUAUCUACUGUAAUGAAAAGAUAACUGAAACGUUUUUAGUUCGCAUAGGUUUGAACUGAACGUUUCAGAAGUAUCAUUUUCUCUUAGAUUAACAAAUGUAUAUAGGUGUCUACAGAUGUAUACAUUCUAUUUUUAUUAUUAUAUAUUUUUUCAAUUGUUAAUUCUGGUUCAUGGAGUUUCAAAUAAUAACGGUGCUAAAGAAUAAAAAUAAAACAAUCACAUUAAAUUAGAAUGAGACUUGUUUAAGCAGUCUUCAUAAUAAUAUUUGUAUGUUGUGAAAUUAUCACUCAGGCUCUCUUCGCCUUAGGGACGUUGUACAUAGAAACUUUAACUUUCUUACGACCACCGAUGAUAUUCUCUUUCUGACUGCAGUGAAUAAAAUUCGUCUCAAUAUUUUAAUUGGGACACAUAAGGGAGAUUUUUUACCAAACGGUUAUCUUUGCUUAGGGGACGUCUGAAUGUUAGGACCUACUGGAUUACUUCGAAUCUAUGAUAGGUGCUACUACACCAUCAUUGGUUCUACUAAAGUUAACGUUCUGUGAAGAAUCGACGUAACCCAUUUAAUGUUCGGCCGUCUGGUGUAGUGGUAAGUGACAU